UUUAUGCUAUCACUUGGUUUUAGCAGUGUGCAACAAUUUUGCUGAAACCAAAUCUCAAGUUGGAAGAUCAAGCAGCACCUGCUCAAAUGGCUGUUGUGUAACUAUUAUAGACACAGGAAUGCUGGAUGUUCAGUCACACAGAGAGGGAGAGGUUCAGAGGGUCCUGGCCAUAGAUGCAGCUGAUUUGUGCAGGGAGGAAGCAGCCCCACUGCAGGCAGCCAUCUGUCCUCCCCCCUCCCCACUCUUGGGUUCUGGGCUGAGGCCAGGGACUGUCCGGAGCUGAUCUCGGGCUCCCAUUGGCCGCUGUCUUUAGUGACGUCACGAUCAUGAUGAGAAUUGAUGAUCGGACACGCUGAUUUCAUUGUCUGAGGCGGCAGUGGAGACCCAGGAAAAAUCUCGCUGAAUCCGCCUGCCCCAGCACUGGCCUGUUCUGGGAUCCUCUGAUCCCUUCCGUGACCGCACCACGCCCGAGAUGAAUCUACGUUCUGUAUUUACUGUAGAGCAACAAAGGAUUUUACAGCGUUAUUAUGAAAAUGGAAUGACAAAUCAAAGUAAAAAUUGCUUCCAGCUCAUAUUACAGUGUGCACAGGAGACUAAGCUGGACUUCAGUGUAGUCAGGACGUGGGUUGGCAAUAAGAGAAGAAAAAUGAGUAGUAAGAAUUCCGAAUCAGGAACAACAACAGCAACUGUUUCUGGUACCUCUUUAGCAGCUCCAGACAUUACAGUCAGAAAUGUGGUUAAUAUUGCUCAACCCUCAAGCCAACAGUCUUCUUGGACAUCAGCCAAUAAUGACGUCAUUGUAACUGGUAUAUACAGUCCAGCCAGUUCAGCAAGUAGACAAGGGACAACCAAGUAUACAAAUACACAAAUUACAGAAGCACAUAAAACUCCUAUUCAGAAAACAGCCAGUAAAAACGAUACUGAAUUUCAGUUGCACAUUCCUGUUCAAAGACAAGUAGCACACUGUAAAAAUGCCUCUUUGCUCCUGGGUGAAAAAACAAUUAUUUUGUCACGACAGACAAGUGUGGUAAAUGCUGGAAACUCAGUAUACAAUCACGCAAAGAAAAACUAUGGGAGCUCUUCAGUACAAGCUUCUGAAAUGACAGUACCUCAAAAGCCAUCUGUGUGCCACCGACCUUGCAAAAUUGAACCAGUUGGGAUUCAAAGGUCAUAUAAGCCUGAACACACAGGUCUGGCAUCACAUAACUUAUGUGGACAAAAGCCAACUAUUAGAGACCCUUACUGUAGAACCCAAAAUUUGGAAAUCCGUGAAGUUUUUUCACUGGCAGUUAGUGAUUACCCCCAGAGAAUUCUGGGGGGCAAUGUUCCGCAGAAGCCUAGCUCAGCAGAAGGAACUUGUUUGUCCAUUGCAAUGGAGACAGGAGAUGCUGAGGAUGAAUAUGCCAGAGAGGAAGAGUUGGCAUCAAUGGGAGCACAGAUACCAACCUACUCAAGGUUUUAUGAAAGUGGCAGUUCCCUUCGAGCUGAGAACCAAAGUACAACUUUGCCAGGACCAGGAAGAAAUAUGCCAAAUUCACAAAUGGUGAAUAUCAGAGAUUUGUCAGACAAUGUACUGUAUCAAACUAGAGACUACCAUUUGACACCACGGACCUCAUUACACACAGCCUCGAGUACAAUGUACAGUACUACAAAUCCAUCACGGAAUAACUUUUCUCCACAUUUUGCAUCAUCAAGCCAAUUGAGGUUAUCACAAAACCAAAACAAUUACCAGAUUUCAGGAAACCUUACUGUGCCUUGGAUUACAGGGUGUUCUAGAAAAAGAGCACUACAGGACCGCACUCAGUUCAGUGACCGAGACUUAGCUACCCUUAAGAAGUACUGGGACAAUGGCAUGACAAGCCUGGGCUCUGUUUGCAGAGAGAAAAUUGAAGCUGUUGCAACUGAAUUAAAUGUUGACUGCGAAAUAGUUCGGACUUGGAUUGGGAAUCGAAGAAGGAAAUAUCGUUUAAUGGGGAUUGAAGUUCCACCUCCAAGAGGAGGCCCUGCUGAUUUCUCUGAGCAGUCCGAGUCUGGUUCUUUGUCUGCACUCACACCAGGAGAAGAAGGUGGGCCUGAAGUAGGAGAAGAUAAUGACAGAAACGAUGAAGUAUCCAUCUGUUUGUCUGAAGGAAGCUCUCAAGAAGAGCCCAAUGAAGCUGUUCCAAAUGAGGCCAGGGCUCAUAAGGAGGAGGACCACCAUGCAGAAUCCGCAGAUAAUGUGAAAAUAGAAAUUAUCGACGAUGAGGAAAGUGACUUGAUAAGUAAUUCUGAAGUAGAACAAGUGAAUUCUCUCUUGGAUUACAAGAAUGAAGAAGUCAGAUUCAUUGAAAAUGAGCUAGAGAUUCAGAAACAAAAAUACUUUAAACUUCAGACUUUUGUUAGAAGCUUGAUACUAGCUAUGAAAGCUGAGGAUAAAGAACAACAGCAGGCACUGCUGUCAGAUUUACCUCCUGAAUUAGAAGAGAUGGAUUUCAAUCAUGCCUCACCGGAGCCUGAUGAUACCUCAUUCAGUGUGUCUUCUUUAUCAGAGAAAAACGCCUCAGACAGUUUGUGAUUUGAGGGGGGGAUAUGUGAUGCAGCCUUUGGGCUGUCUAACAGGUGUGCAUUUCAAGAUAACUGCAUUCUGUUGUCCUGAUAUUCUUCAGUUGGAAAAAUACAUUGUUGAAACAGACAUAUUCUGUGACGGAUGGACAAGAUAUAAUGGCUACCAUGAAAAAAAUGCAUGUGAAAUUUAAAAAGCGUUGUUUGAGUUUUUUCCAAACUGGUGGAAUACUAGAAAAAUUAAUUUUUAAUUUUGGACAGUUCCACUGAAAUGCAUUACAUCUAAUUUCUAAAAGGUUUCUGUUUGGUUGUAGAAAAAAUUCUUAAGUUUUAGUAAUAGAUUUAACCAGAGACACAAAAAUGAAUGCAUUUCAGCAUUACUUAUCAAGUUGUAAGAGCUGUAUUAGUCUUAAUUUGUAGCCAUUACAUCUUUCUUCCUCUCUCUUUUUCCUAUCAUUCAUAUAACACUUUUACUCAGGAAAGUGGACUGAAAAUCAAAAACAAAUUUUAAAAAUUUAUUUCCCAUGGAUGAGUCCUGGGAUUUCUUUUUAACCCCUCGAGGAUUUGACUUAAGUUAAUGAUUUACAAUUGAAGUGAUUACUAGUAUGUCAUUGUAAAUUGUUAGUAUUCCUCUAUUAUCUAACCCAAAUAUUUGUGGGGAGGGGGGAAGUACUUUGGAAAGUUAAAUCACCAACAUAAAUCAAAUGAAUUAUUAAGUGUACAGAAACAAAAUGUUGUAAAAGAUUAGUCUCAAUGGGAAUUCUUUGUUGCUGCAAAUGACAAAUAUUGAUAAUUCACAUUCUACUAGUAAAUUUAUAUAACUGAGUUAGAUUAAAUCUUUCACAGAUUUGUCAAGUUUAUCACUAUGUUCAUAAUAUUUUUUCCAUUCUUACGUUUUAUGAAACAGGAAGUCAAGGUAAGAUUUGUUUUAAUCUAGCCACUCAGCUUUGCCACAAAAUUUACCUCAUUUCCAUGUGAGGCCUGUACAGAGCCAUCAGCCAAGGAUAAUAUCCAAAAAGAGUUACACCACUUUGGUUGUAAAUCACAGUCCUCUGGAUUUCCUGGAAACUAUUCUCUGAAUACACACCUAAAAUUGGCAUGCUACCCAGUCGUUCUAUUAGUAGGUACCAGAUGGCAACACACUGUAGACAGUUUUUUGCAGAUCUUCCCUUCCGGGGUACCAGAUGGUAUCACCAAGACCCAUUCAUGGGAAAAUGCCAGUUUUUCCCUAAGCUCACAGUGUCAUAUAUUUGUAACUUGGCAGUGUGGAAUUGUGUUGCAUGGUUAAUUUAACUAUCAAUACCUAAAAGAUUAAUGAAGUAGCUAGAAAGCUGUUUUGGCCAUCAAAUUUCUAUUUCAGAUUUUUUUUAAAAAAUUCAAUUAGAGUAAGCCAAUUUUUAUCUUGGAAUUCACUGAUAUCAACUUAUGAAUGCAAAAAAAGUCAUGAAUUUAUUGACCUUUGAAAUAUUCCCCUGUAUACACACACACACACACACACGCAUAGGUAAGGUUUGUCGAUGGUCCUUCCUACUUGCUAAUUUGAUAUUGCUCUCAUGCUACUGUUAUGGCUCCUUUGUUAGCUGAAAUAGUUCAGUGGUCAAGUGGCCAGGUGUGCUCUCUUUCAGCUGAGAGCCAUAUGGUUCUUUGCAAACAAUGUUUAGUACUCCUUGCUGACAAGUCAAAUUCCAUUCAAAUAGAGCGCUGAUUAACAGAACCCUAGAUAUCAGGAUUACAUUUAUCAGUCACACCAGUUCCUCUGCAAGAUAAGGAGUCCGGACUAUAUACAGCAAAUGUAGAAACCAUUUCUUAAAAGCUUGAACAAACCCCAGGCCUUCAACUCUCACAGGGGUCUCCCUUCUAGUCAUUAGUUUAUUUUUCAACUUGAAUUUCUUCUGCUUCAAUUUAAGCCCUGCAACCCUUAGUGAGUUCUCAUCACAAAGUAAAUGCUGAUAGUUCUCUCCUAUAUGUCUCAACACUAUGGAUUGUGUUUGCCACACUUCAGCAAUUGGUCACAACAUCAAAAAUAUUUGUCGAGCUCCUACUAUAAGGAAGGCACUGUGCUGGACACUGACCACUUCAAAAAGAAUUAUUUCUUGCUAUCUUUUUCAAAGACAUUUUAAACAAUUAUUGAAGUAGAAAUUUUGAUAGGUUUAAGUAUUCCGCUGGGUGUGAUUCCUAGAAAAAAAUCCUAGUCUACAAUUUUCAGAGGAAGUAUAGAUGAUUUCCUUUUCCCUGUUUAAAGUUCCAUUAAAAUAGAAGCUGUAUAGUCACAACAGUACACUUAGGACCCCUUUUAUCUUAGCAUUUUUGUUUCAGCACCAGGAUUAUUUCUUUUGCUAUCAUUGUAAUUAAAAACUUCUAAAAUAAAAUGUGGCUGUUUUGUAGCAGGAACCAAAGAAAAUAGCUGGGGCCAGAAAGUAAAAUCACAAUUGGAACAUUGAAAAUAUGCACCAUAGAUUUUAAAGACAAUAUCAAAGUCAAGUAUUAAAAAACUAUUAUGCAGUAGAGGUAUUUUUCACAUAUAUAGAUUGGAGUUGGUUUUGAGACAUUUUAGAGCAGAAAAAAAUACCAGCUUGUGACUUGUGCUAGUGAACAUUUUCAAGGCUCAGGGUAAAAAUCAACUAGUGUUUUCUUUCUUUAGGGCUUUGACAGGAUUAGAACACACCAUAGUGUCUGAAGCAUUUCUCAGAGAGACAGAAGUCAAGGUGAAAAAGACUUUUCAUUUUAAUUAACUACAUUUUGUUGUUUACUUUAAGCUUAGGAUAGCCAACCAGUUUCUAAGUGGGGAAUGUAUGUUUCAGAGCACUUACCUUCCAAAAUGUCUAUUAAAAAACAAAAUGGAAGGUACCUUUCUGGUUUCAGCCCAGCUAAAAUUAGCCACAAGAAAGCGAGCACAUAAGAAAAAUGGUAAAAGAAAAUUGGUCUCUUUGUGGAACCUGGAGAUGUUUUGUUGUAAGGUCAGUUAUCAACAUCAGGUCUUUUGUACUGCCAUUGCUAUCGUGUGAUAGAAAUGUUUAUUACUGUUGAAGAAGGAAAGACUGUGACCCAAUCACAUCCUGUGCUCUGUAUACAACCCAGACCACAAAAGAUGUCCAAGAGGCCACAGCUCCAAAGACAGCAGCAUCUAUUUUAAGGCACUUUCAUAAUCAGCAAUCUGUACGUUUGUAGUAGAAAAUAUAGGUGUUAGACAUAAAAGAAUUCUGGGAUCAAAAAAUUGACUUUGUUGCCUUUUGAAGUGGGGCUGAGAUUCAGCCCAGUUUCAAGGGAUGAUUUCCUCAUCUCAGCCUACUAAUUAUUAAUCAUUUUUCAGAGAAAUUCUGAGAACUUUAAUUCCAACUCUUCCUCCGCAUCACAGUCAUGUUAUACUAGGAAAGUUGUCUAUUUUGAAAAUAUAUUAAAAUCCAUUCAGUUAAUAAAACGCAAAGUUUUGAUAGGUUAGCCUCUUAAGAGCACUAUCAGUACUAUCCUAUCCAGUAAAUUUACUUUUCAGUAAAUCAUGGACGAGUGGAUAGACUUCUCUUUGAAAUUGGUGUUAUCCUUGGCAGACAGCACUGUAUCAUGCUUUUCACCAAGCUACGCUCUGUGAUGCUAUAAUGGAGGAGCCUACUAACUUGUGAGCCUGCUGUCAACAUAUCAUUGCGCAAAACAAACCUUUAUUAAAAGCAAAUUUACUAAGGGGGAAAAGAGAAUAAAGCGAUAUUUUUCAUGCAAAAAUAAUUAUAAUUGUUCCAGUAGAGUGUAUACUGAGUAUAUAUUGCCCCACAUUGAAAUUUUAUUUUGCAUUAACUUGUUAAGUAAUUCCUUUUAGCAAUCCUGCAUCUCAUUUUACGGUACUACCUCUGAAACAUACUAUCACCUUAAAACCACAUCAGACUGUAAUGUGAAUUUUUGUAGGAUUUUUAUUUAAACUUUUAUAGAGGCAAUAAAUGAUUUCCAACUAA